AUGAUGGCAAAGAAAUGCUCCCUGCCAGGGUGUAUGAACGAGGUUGGGUGUGCAUGCAAAUGCUCUUCUCCUGAGACUUUAUUGUGCGGAGAGCAUAUUGGAGAGCAUGCAAACUUGCCUAAUAGAGCUCAUAAUCUUGAAUCGAUUUUUAUGCAGCCUUGUGAAGGGACAAAAAAAGCAAUUCUUAUAUUACUUGCAAAAGAAAAUUCAAAAUAUAGCGAGUUGAGAAGAAAAAUUAGAGAUUCCUUUUCCAAUUCAGAAAAAGAUUUAGGUGACUUCACAAGCAAGUUGGAUUGCUACUUAGAUGAAAUAAAUGAUUCCAUUGAAAAGAUUUCUCAAUCUUCAAAAUUAUUAAAGUCAGAACAAGAUCCAAUUUUAGGAUUAUUGAGUUUACAGCCUCAAGAAGCUAUUGAAAAAGUAAAAUUGAUGACUAUAGCCAGCAGAAAUUGAUACAACGGUGCAAAGUUGUAUUAUAUAUUCAAUCAAAAGUUAGAGAAUCUAAAUAGAUCCUUCUUUACAGAAAUAUGCGGAGCAUAUCUAGAAAAAAGGGGUAUCCAAAUUACUCCUGAAAUGCAUAAUAAAACUAACAAGCCCGCAAGUAUAGAGUCAGCAAACGUUAAGGAUUCAGUUUCUUUGAUAAUAAAUGAGAACAGUGAGUGUUUAAAAGGACCUAAAAAUGAAAACAAGCCAAUAAAAAAACCCCCAGAUAAUGAGACAAACUUGCUUAAUUUUCAAAUGAGCAUUGUUUCUAAUAAUAUCAACAAUGAAACAGACAGCGCUUCAGACGUCAUAGGCACCUUAAGGAAUAAAACAGCUGAGAUUUUUAGUAGACCAAACAAUCCAGAAUUAGAAAUAGAUUUCAGAAUAACUUGCUCAGCAAUUCAUACCAAUUCUUUUGAUCCACCACUAAUGCAAGCUUACCAAGAUUAUCUUAAUGCUUAUCAACAAAAGACAUCUCUUUAUAAUACUACAAUUGAUAAAUACAACAAAACUAAUUUAAUUAUUUAUAACACUGAAACUGAAACAGAAGAAGUUAAAAUAUUUCAGACUCCAGAAUCACUAGACGUAGGCACUUGCAUAACUCAACUUCCAAAUGGCAAGCUAUUCUGUUUUGGCAAUUAUUAUCGACAUUCUGGAAUUACAGUGCUAAUUGAUGUGAAUGGUGGAUUCGAAGUGCUGCCAUCUGGAACUCCUUGCGGAUACUCAUCAUGUAUUUAUUUUAAUAGCAGCGUCUAUUGCUUUGGAGGAGAAAAUGGAAUAGUUUUAAAUCUAUCUAGUAGAUUCGAUUUGGAUCAAAAUCGAUGAAUUCAAUUACCUCCAAUGCCAAAAGCUGAUUAUCAGUGCAAUAGUAUAAUAUUUAAUGGAAAUAUUUUGAUUUCUGGAUAUGAAAAUAGAAAUCUUUUGUUAUACUCAAUUGAAAUUGAUUCUUUCUCGACAAUUCCUCUUGAGUUGGCAAGAGAAAGAAGAAAGAUUCUGAUAAAUGCAGAGAGACUAUAUUUGAUAGAAUGCUGCCUAGGAUCAAUCUAUGAAAGCGAAGUUGGAAUUUACUCGAAUUGGAGACGAAUAGGAAAAUCAAAAAUCAAUUGCGUUUCUUCCCAAGUUUAUUGUUCAUAUAAUAAAGGAAGAAUAUGCAUCUCAAAUCUUGAAAGAACAGGUAAAGAAUAUUAUUGUUUUAAUUUAGAUCAAAAAAUCAUGAUUGAUGUUGCUUACUAUAAUACGCAUGUUUCACUUAGAAGAGCAGGUAAAAAGAUUGAAGCAAUAAAAUGAAAUAGCCAGAAUUUUAAGCUCGAUCCUUAUUAUCUGGAUGAAUGAAGUGUAAAAGAUAUUACUCUAAAAUAUUUAGGAGAAAAUCUAGAAAAUAUCGAAUGCUAUGACGAAGCAAUCAAGCUCAUCCCAAACAAUAUUGAUUUUUACAAAAAAAAAGGUGAUGCUUUUAAAGUGUUAGAAAGAUAUCUAGAAGCAAUCGAAUGCUAUGACGAAGCAAUCAAACUCAAUCCAAACAAUGAUUAUCUUUACAUUUAUAAAGGCAACGCUUUUUUUGAUUUAGAAAGAUAUCUUGAAGCAAUCCAAUGUUAUGACAAAGCAAUCAAACUCAAACCAAAAGAUGCUAAUUUUUACAAUAGCAAAGGCAACGCUUUAGAUAAAUUAAAAAAAUAUCUAGAAGCAAUCGAAUGCUAUGACAAAGCAAUCAAACUCAAUCCAUACCAUGCAGAUUUUUACAAUAAUAAAGGAAGAGUUUUUUAUAAUUUACAAAGAUAUCUUGAAGCAAUCGAAUGCUAUGACAAAGCAAUCAAGUGCAAUCCAUACAAUGCUGAUAUUUAUAAUAAUAAUAAAGGCACAGCUUUUUUUGAUUUACAAAGAUAUCUAGAAGCGAUAGAAUGCUUUGACAAAUCAAUCAAACUCAAUCCAAACAAUGCUGAUUGCACUCUUACUUAAAAUUCCAUUCCCUUGAGAUGUCAAUCCAGUACUGUAUAUAGUUAGGCUUAAAAACUAAUUAUUGUUGAUGUAAUAUCGCUGGGUCAAUCACUGGAUACUAUACUUAAAUUGAAUUAAUUUGUGUCCCCUCUUCGGCAAGUCAUAGCCAAGCCUGAAGGCCUACUUCUACCGGGACAUAGGCCCUACUUUCAGCACGUCAGGAUGGAUGGCUCCUACCUACUACAUAGGGAGUCUGCCUCGGAGUCCAAGUUCCACCAACGUCACCAUUUCAUUUCUCUUUUCUUAUAAGUAAGUUAAGUUAAGUUGCUUAUAAUAAGGAAUUGGUCUUCCAAAAAUUAGGAAGUCUCGAAGCUGAAGAAUGGCAAUUAAUUUUUUUCGAAUGAUGCUGAUUUUUACUUUAAGAAAGGAUGCUCUUUAAAUAAAUUAGGAAGAUAUCCAGAAGCAGUAAAAAGCUAUGAUGAAGCAAUCAUAACCAGCCCAAAUAAUGCCAAAUAUUAUAAUAUAAAAGGCUAUACUCUUUAUAUUUUAGAGAGAUGUCAAGAAGCAAUACAAUGCUAUGAUGAGGCAAUCAAACUUGAACCCAAUAAUCCUUUACAUUUCUGCUGCCGAGCUAGAUUAUUUAAUUAUCUCAGACAAGAAGAAGCAGCUUUACAGGACUUUAAUACUGCUUAUCAUUUGAAGCAAGUAAGUGGUGUUUUUACUUGGGAUGAAUGGAAACUUUCUGAAGAGGAUAUCAAUUUUAUUAAUGACUCAUUAGGCGAGACCGUAUUGAACUACUCCUAA